AGGGAGUGGCGGAGAUAAAAUGGCUUCGAAAGACCAAGUCGAGAGUUUAACUGGGCAGGCAACAUGUUCCAUCUGCCUGGAUUUCUUCACCGAUCCGGUGUCACUGGAGUGCGGGCACAACUUCUGCCGGUCCUGCAUCACACAGAGUUGGGACAAGGAGGGGAGAAACUCCUGCCCGGGAUGUAAAGAGGAGUUUGCAGACCGCACCCUCAGGGUGAAUCGGGCCUUGGUGAGAUUGUCUGAGAAAUUUCGAGCACUGAGCCUGAAUCGGACAGAGAAGGAAAGUAAACUUCAGUCUGGGCGGGAACACAAGUCUCACAGCUUCACAUCGGUUAAAGAAGCUGUAGACACCUACAAGGAUCAGGUUAAAGAUUCCAUCGAAUUUCUAACAAAAAAUAAAUCGGAGAUCCAGCGAAUGGAGCAGCAACAGGAACAGAAGAUUUCUGAAGUUCUGGAACAGUCACUCAACCUUCAGUCCAAGAUCACAUCCCAAUUUGCUGAACAGCACAAGAUUCUCACUGAGAAAGAGCAGCGCGCGCUGGCAGACAUCGGAGAGGAAGAGAAGAAGAUUCUAAAUACAAUGGAGACAAAUCUGGGAGGGAUUCAAGAUAAUUUAAAAUCUAUUCAGGAGGAACUCUUAAAGUUGCAGCAACAGAUGGAUGAAAAAGACAGUGUGGUGUUUCUGAAGGAGGAAGCUGGUCGCAAGCAAAGAGGUCCUUAUGAAGCCAAACUACUGUCGGUGGUAGAUGAUAACUUGCUGAUUGAAAAAUUUGAAAAUCCCUUUUUGUACAACACGGUAUUGGCAGAAACACCUGAUGCCAUUAAGCCAGGAACAACAGUGGACUCUGUCUCCAGUCUGGAAAACGACCCUCUACCAACAUCCCCUGUCUACGACAUUCAGGGUUUAUACCGCUACAGAGGGACCAGUGCUGUAAGCACCAUGUCGGUCCCAGCGGCUAGAACGAGCAGCUGGGAGCGGCCAGUGCUGGGGGCAUUGGUGCUCGUUUUUAACGGCUGCAGAAGACCGCGAGGGACCAGUGCUUCCGUCACCCUGGAUGUGGAAACAGCUCAUCUGCUGCUUGAGGUGUCUGAGGAUCGAAAGAGGGUGAGACUGCGCGGGACUCGGAGGAGUCUCCCAGACACCGGGAAGAGGUUUACGGGCUGGCGGUGUGCGCUGGGAUCGGAGGGAUUCACAUCGGGGAGACAUUACUGGGAGGUGGAGGUGGCGGGGAGUCGGCGCUGGAGUCUGGGAGUCGCCGCAGAAUCUGUGGAGAGGAAGAAACGGGCCACACUGAUCCCGGAGACUGGAGUCUGGAGCAUCGGGCGGUGGGGUGACGGGUUUGUUGCGUUCGCCUCCCUUCCAUCCCCUCUCCCCGCCCGUUCCAUCCCCGGGAGGAUGGGAAUUUAUCUCAGUUACGAGUCCGGGACAGUUUCAUUUUACGACGCGGACACCAAGUCCCAUCUCCACACCUUCACUAGGAAUAAAUUCACGGAUAAACUUUAUCCUUUCUUCGAGCCUUGGCAUGAAGACCAGUGGCUGAGAAUCUGUUCCGUUUCCGCUCCGGGUGUGUAACACAGUCACAUUGAACAAACAAACGUUUGCAAUAUCCCUCGAGAAGAGAAGUAUAUUGCGUAAUUGCUCUAUGAAAUAAAAUAGAUUACUGUAAGCAGUUUGUUUAACGGAUCGUGACUGUUGUGGUGAUGAGGCAUCAGACUAAUUAACGCGGCGGAUCUUGCUUUCCUGUAUAAAAGCUUCUCCACGCAAACGCCAAUAAAAUCGUACAUUGAAAUGCUUUGGUCCUAACACACGGAAAAUGCCACGUCUGACAAUUUUCGAUAUAGAGACCAUUUACUAUCCUGUUCUUGCUGCAGUUGGCAUUCUCGGUAAGGCGUAGUACCCAGUUACCCUUCAUGUGACUCCGUUAAUUAGUGCCCCAUGACAUUUAUUGCAAAAAGAAAUCGUAGCCUAUUCAGAUAGUGGCAAUUGUAUCUGUAUUGCGCAGUUUUAACCUAACUUAUAUUCCCGAUUUUGUUCCCUCAAUGUGAGUUUGCAUAUCUGUGGAAACAUAGUGGUUUUUGCAGGAGAAGUGACGCCAGAAUUCGGAAAAAAAUAACCAAGUUGCCAGAGGAACUGAGAUGGUCAGGGGCAUCGACAGAGGAUUAUCAGGGAAUGUAUAUUUGUUUUCAUUCGGGUCGGAGCCCUUCUUCAGAAGCGAAAAGGGGUGUGAAUGUUGCGUCAUGCUACCGGACCCAGUAAGUUCCGCCAGCAUCUGCUGCCUGAUCACGUGAGCAAACCCAGCAGUUAUUUUUCAGUUAUGGUGCCAGCAUCUGCAGUCUCUUGUGGUCUCCAGCUGCUUUUGCCCCAUGUCCCGCGAAAUAGGGUUAUUUUAAUUUUAAUGGUGCUGUGAAAUGUUCUACCGAUCAAAUAGGGUCACUUUCUGAAAAUGCCUGGCCAGCGUUUGGCUGAAUUGAGAUGAAGUGGUGACGUUGCAAGAUCUCGGGAAUAGGUAAAGUGUCAUCUCUGCUGCUAAUCAAUUUGGAUCAUCGCAUCAAAAUAAUCAAAGCCAUAUUGUCGGAUUAUAACUGAAAAUCAAUUCAGUGCAGUUACAAUCAACAUUAAAUAGUCCGAACAUUCUGGCAGGUAAGAUAGCAACAGUAGAUAGU